GACAUUUGUUUGGGUUAACAAUGCAUCAGCACAUUCCCAGAAUGUUGCCAAGGCCAAAUAUGAAUUUUUAUUUGGCAGAUCUGAAGAGAAAACUCCAGAUACUAGUGAUCAUGGAGGAAGCACUUUACUCCCACCAAAUGUCACAAAUGAAUUUCCAGAAUAUGGGACCAUGGAAGAAAGUGGAGAAGGCCUAAGAGCUUCACUUGAGUUUGAUGCAGAGUCUCUGCCAUGCUGCCCACAAGGGCAGCAGGGGGCCCAGCUUCUUGCUGGCCACCACUCUGGGCUCAACAGUGUUACAGAAGGACCAAAAGAUACUAGGGAGGCUCCCUCUCAACGUCACCUCAAGGAACAAAGUUUACAACCCAUUGACUCACUGAUUUCAUCUCUAAAAGCCACGGAAACCAGAAUAGUUUCAGGAACUUUACAGGCUAUACAGGUACUGGACAAAGAUGCUAUUUCUAGUUUUUCAGUUCAGCAGGUGGAAAAAGAGCUGGACACUGCCAAUCAGCAAACACAGGGAACCAACAAACGAAUCCCUGCAAGCCAAGAAAAAUCACCAGAUAUACCUCAUUCAGCUGAAGUCACAACUGAGGAAUAUUUUUAUUUGAGCAUCCAGAAGGAUCUGACUGCACUGUUAGCUGGAGAAACUCAGCCAGAACUUUCCCAGAUAACUAGAAAUGGGAGGAAAGGGGUUUUCCAUGUGCUGGAACAAUUGCCCAGCACAGAGAGCCCACCAGUGACCCAUAACUCUGCAGGCAGUGGUGGUUAUUUAAGAGAGAGGAGGUCUGAUCUGGGGAGAGAACGUCCAGGGGAAUGUGAUCAAGGCAGCUCCACAGGGCGCCCAGGCAGGAUUAAACAUGUGGAAUUUCAAGGGGUGGAGAUACUGUGGACAGGAGGGGAGAAGAGAGAGACAAGGCAUCCUGUAGACUUGGUGACAUCAGUGGAAAGGACAGCCUCUCCUGAAAGCAAAAAGUUCUCCAAAGUGUCACACCAUCUCAUUUCAUCUGCUGGUUUGUGUAAUUCAGUUGGUUCAUCUGAGAAUGUUUGGGAUGAAACCUGGAAAGCUUCAGAAAGGCCUGGUACCAGCUCAGGAACAUUUUCCCCUGUGCCUCUUGUUGAGAAUGGAGAAGAUGAAGUCUUCUUGAAGGAAAACCAGCAACAUCCUGAGAAGAAGCCUGAACUGGAGGGGGACAAGGAAAGGAUUCCUGAACUGGAGGAGCACAACAGGGAAGGGGACGAUGAUGUCUUGGGGCCUGGGUAUGCGGAGGACUCCACUGAUGUGUACAGCUCCCAGUUUGAAACCAUUUUGGACAACACUUCUUUAUACUACAGUGCAGAGUCGUUGGAGACAUUGUACUCAGAGCCUGAUAGUUAUUUUAGCUUUGAAAUGCCCCUCACGCCAAUGAUACAGCAGCGUAUUAAAGAAGGCGGUCAGUUCCUGGAGAGGACAUCAGGGGGAGGACAACAGGAUGUUCUGAGUAUCUCAGCAGAUGGCGGAAUAAUGAUGGGCUACUGUAGUGGGAUCACCAAUGGGCUGAAUGAUACCAGUGACUCCAUCUACACGAAAGGCACCCCUGAGAUUGCUUUCUGGGGAAGUAAUGCUGGGGUGAAAAAGACACUGCUAGAAGCUCGUUCUGAAAUGGGGAGCACUGAAAUUCUGGAAAAGGAGACCCCAGAAAGUCUCAGUAAUGGUACCAGCAGCAACGUGGAAGCAGCCAAAAGGUUGGCCAAACGUCUUUAUCAACUAGACAGAUUCAAAAGGUCGGAUGUCGCAAAGCACCUAGGCAAGAAUAAUGAAUUUAGCAAACUAGUUGCAGAAGAAUAUCUGAAGUUUUUUGAUUUCACAGGAAUGACGCUGGAUCAGUCUCUCAGGUAUUUCUUUAAAGCAUUUUCUCUGGUGGGAGAAACUCAAGAACGAGAGAGAGUUUUGGUACACUUCUCCAAUAGAUAUUUUUAUUGUAACCCAGACACCAUUACAUCACAAGAUGGAGUCCACUGUCUUACCUGUGCAAUGAUGCUGCUUAACACUGAUCUACAUGGCCAUAAUAUUGGAAAGAAGAUGACUUGCCAAGAAUUCAUCGCAAACCUCCAAGGAGUAAAUGAGGGUGGUGAUUUCUCCAAGGACCUGCUGAAGGCUCUGUACAACUCAAUCAAGAAUGAGAAGCUUGAAUGGGCAGUAGAUGAUGAAGAGAAAAAAAAACCUCUCUCAGAAGGUACUGAUGAGAAGGCUAAUGGAACACAUCCAAAGACCAUCACUCGUAUUGGGAGUACUACCAAUCCAUUCUUGGACAUUCCUCAUGAUCCAAAUGCUACUGUGUAUAAAAGUGGAUUCUUGGCUCGGAAAAUCCAUGCAGAUAUGGAUGGAAAGAAGACUCCAAGAGGAAAGCGAGGAUGGAAAACCUUUUAUGCUGUAUUGAAGGGAACUGUUCUUUACUUGCAAAAGGAUGAAUAUAAACCAGAAAAGGCCCUGUCUGAGGAGGACUUGAAAAAUGCUGUCAGUGUGCACCACGCACUGGCAUCUAAGGCCACGGACUACGAGAAGAAACCGAAUGUGCUCAAACUCAAAACUGCCGACUGGAGGGUCUUGCUUUUUCAAGCCCAGAGUCCAGAAGAAAUGCAAGGGUGGAUAAACAAAAUCAACUGUGUUGCAGCUGUGUUUUCUGCACCCCCAUUUCCAGCAGCCAUUGGCUCUCAGAAGAAGUUUAGCCGCCCACUUCUGCCCGCCACGACAACAAAAUUAUCUCAGGAGGAACAAUUGAAAUCACAUGAAAGCAAGCUGAAGCAGAUCACCACUGAGCUGGCUGAGCAUCGCUCAUAUCCCCCUGACAAGAAAGUCAAAGCCAAGGAGAUUGAUGAAUACAAACUGAAAGACCAUUAUCUGGAGUUUGAGAAAACUCGUUAUGAUAUUUAUGUUGGCAUUCUAAAAGACGGAGGCAAAGAGCUCCUGAGUAACAGUGAAAGCGAGGGAGCCGGACUGAAGAAGUCACAUUCAAGUCCUUCACUGAAUCCUGAUUCAUCGCCAGUCACUGCCAAGGUCAAGCGUAACGUGUCAGAGAGGAAGGAUCACCGACCAGAAACACCAAGCAUUAAGCAGAAAGUUACUUAGAAUCUACCUGUGGCCAGGAAGUGCUGGUCAUGGAGCAAAAUAGGGAUUUUCAAGAUCUUUCUGGUAAUCUGUGGAUACAUU